UGUACAGAAAAUAGACGAACUGAACACAUUUGACAAACACGAACGUAAAGGCAGCAGAAAGAAGCGUGUUACACAGGCUAAUAACGACUGGUUCAAGAUAUACGUAGCCUAUAUGUCAAAUAGCGUUUUGUUUGUUAUCAGUAUAUUUCUUUCCCAUUAAUUCAGUGCCAGAGAAAUAUUUAUUUCUAGCUUGCUAGCUCAGCGACGUUCAUAUCUGAGGGCGUCCGAUUUCCCCUCUUCAGAGGCAUUACGAUGCCCUCUGAUUUUAUAUCCCUACUCAGCGCGGAUCUCGACCUGAAUUCCCCCAAAUCCCUAUAUUCCAAAGAAUCAGUGUAUGACCUUCUCCCCAAAGAGCUGCAGCUGCCAUCCUCCACUCAGCAAAACCCAGCAGCAGCCAUGAGCCAGAAGAGCGGUGGAGAGGCGGUUCCUCCUCCCUCAGCUGCCCUUGACUCAGAUGCCACCAACGUCUCCUCUUCUAUGACCAUGGGAGGCCCUCGCAGUGCUUUUCCCACCUCUUCCAGCUCCACCAUGCACUCCACUACUUCAGCCACCGACCAGACCUCUGCUCACACCGGCAUCGCCGCUCCAGACGAAGGUGUAAGUAGCAGAGCGGUGGCGGAGAUGCUUGGCGCCGAGGGCGGGACUGGCAACAGUGGGAGUGCUGGUGGCGGCAGGGCUGGCGGCGAGAAAGGAGSAGGGGCMGGAUCCCUAGGUGGAGGAGGAAGAGGGGGGGCAUCCCAGGAGGCCCAGCAGCACCACCAGAUGACCCCCUCCAAGCGGCGGACGGUGCUGAACAUCUCGCCUCCGCCCGAGGACCUGUUUGACGACAGCCGCAUGUCUUGCCAGGAGGAUCAGCUCCAGGACUCUGAGCAGAGCAACAGCAUCUGGAUGGAUGACUCCGCCUCCAACUUCAGCAUUGUCAGCUCCAGCUCCUACAACGACAACACAGAGGUGCCCCGGAAGUCUCGCAAGCGCACCCCCCGCCAGCGACCCGGGCCCAAGCCUGCCUCGGCCGAGGAGGCCAGCAUGGACGUGUUUGAUGCAGACAGUGCCAAAGGGCCUCACUUUGUGCUCUCACAGCUGGGCUCAGACAGCAAGGCCUGUACCAAAGGAAG